AUGAAGGCCGGAAUCUUUUUCUCUUUCUUCGCUCUCGCCGCCUCGGCUCUUGCAACUCCCAUCGCUGCGGGGAACCAACUCGAGAGCCAGGCUGCUCAGAUCGAUCAGUUGACCACUCUCGUUCGCCAGCACACCGCGAACAUGAACGCGACUGCCGCUCAGUACCCUGAAAACCCCACCCUCGCUCAGCAACAAGAUGCCGCCGACAAGCUCAAGCCCGACUUUGAGGCCGUCACCAAUGCCCUCACGCAAGCCACCACCACCCUCUCCAAGCGCGAGUUCUGGACUGAGCUCACUGCUCGCGGCGGUGCCGGCUUCUGUGACGAUGACUGCUUGAAGGUCAAGAUCCAGGUUCUCAUCCUUGAGAUCACCUAUACUGUCAAGUUCCUCAUUGUCAAGCUCGGUCUCGGCUGCCUCAUCCCCCUCCUCACACCUCUCCUCCUUGCUCUCUCUGGUCUGCUCAGGAGUCUCGACAAGGUCGUCGGCGGUGUGCUCGUCCUCGUCGGCGGUCUCCUCCACGCCGUCCUCGGUGGCCUUGCUGGCGGUCUCCUUGGCCUCAUUGGCUUCUAA